UUGAACUCCAUAAAGUUAAACUGGGACUUUUUUUGGGGACGAAAAAUGGAGUAUAUGCAUCCACUUGUACUAAAGCAAUUUUCCACAAAAAUUACUUUCGGUUAAGGCUAGUUUUCUCGGCAAAUUAUACUAUACAACCGGCUGUACCCAAAAUUGGGUACAGCCGGUAAAUCAAAGAAGAAAUGGCGUCUAUAGGAGGAGCUAGUCGGGUCGGGUCGGAGGAAGGAAGCUGCGUCGAAGGAGCUGCGUCAGAUCUGGAGGAAGAAAGAUGGCCGCCAGAUGGGAGACGUCUAUGGAAGGGAGAUGUGCACCGUCGAUGGAGGAAGCUGUUGAUAGGCCGGAGGAUAGAUGGCCGCCAGAUGGGAGACGUUGUGGAGGAGUCGAUCGAUCUGAUCGGAGCCGAUGGUUGCAGGGUUAUCUCGAAUUGUAUGGGUGAUCUGUAAUUUGGAUGAAUAUUAAUAUGAAGAAAUUUGUUUUUUAUUACUAGUACUUAAUACUUUAUUGUCAUCAUCGAUCUAAAAUCUAAAAGUAGGGAGGACAGCAGGAUUUAUUUACAGCAUUAAAAAAACAACCAUUCUUCUUUUAACAGUAAUUAUAUCCCACUAAAAAUAUCCCACAAACUAACGGACCAUCUCCGGGAACACUCUGACAACAUAUGAAUGGAUGGUAAACAGCCCAACAAGAAAGAAAGGAUUUGAGGAAUAAGAAUGAAUAAUACCUGCCUGGCCUGGGUGGAUGUGGAAGCGGCCGAUUAGGUAGGUGAUCAGAAGAAAUGAUUCUAGCGGCU